CCAAUGGAUGAUGAGAAAAUAAAAUAAAUUAAUGUAGAUUCCGAGAUAAAAUUUAAAUGUGGAAUAAGUUUAGGAGAUCCAAUCAAUAUGGUUUUUUAGACAGUUCAUGGAUCUUAAAUUGAACUAAAUGAUCAUGGAUACAUAUUACUUAAAUUAUGGGGUUUUGGAGAGAUGAUGAUGAAUUUUUAAUCUUGUAUAUAAAUAUAGGGAAUUAAAUUAAUUGGAAUAGUUAGAGGAGAAAUUGAAAUCUAUAAAUAAGCAAUUAUUAAUAAUGGAUGGGAAAAAUAUGAUCAUAUUAUUAUUGAAGAUAAUAACAUUCUUAAUCUGUAAUAUGAUGAAUAAACUAAUUAAAUUAAUCAUAAUACUCUUCUAAGUGGAUUACUUUUAUAUGAUGGAAUUGUAAUUUAUAAACAUUAUAUUGAUAAAUUAUAAUAUUAAUAGGAUUAUCAUAUAGUAAAAAAAGAUGUAUAGGAAAUCAUUGAAAAAGGUGUAAAGAAAGCUAAAAUAAUUAAGAUUAUUGCCAAUAUAUCUUACAUUACAUAAGAACAAUAUAUCAAAUUAAAAUAGUUUAUUAUGUUAUCAAAAAAUCAUUCAUUUAGUAGGAAUGUGGAAGUCACAAUAAAAAAGACAACUAUUUAUUAUAAAGAAGAUAAAUAAAUUUAUUAUGAUUAGCCAAUUAUUUAAAUUAAUAGUUCUCCAAAAUCAUUCUCAAUUGCAGAUAGAUUUGCCAAUCAAUUAGAAAAUAAAAAUAUUAAGUGGGAUUCUAAAUUUUUAAAAGCUAAAUUAACUGAAAAAAUUAAAGAAUAUUCUUUAAAUGUUUAAAUCGCUUUACAAAAAGAUAUUAUUAUUUCAAUUACAAAAGACUCUUGUGAAAUACUAAUUAAUCAUUGGGAAUAAGGAAUCUUAGUUCCAUAUUAUAAAACAUUAGAAUAUAUAUCUUAAAUUAAAUUAUGGAUAAAAGCAACUGAAGAUAUUAAAUAUGAACCUAAUUAAGAUCCAGUACAAGAUCGAAUAAAUUAUUUAGUAGCUAAUUUAUUUUAAACUAUACCAAAGGUUGAUAAAAUUAUUGGCACUAAAUAUUUUAAUAUACCUUUUGUAGAAAAAUGGAAACCUCCAUAUGAUUCAUUUGAUAAUCAUCAAAAAAAUUUAGAAAUUCAUCGGAAAUCUGAUAAAUAUCUAUUCAUUUGGUUAUUUGAUUAUGAAAUUGAUGAAAAUGUUGAUAAAUUAAAAGAAUUGAUUAAAUUUAAAAAAAAUAAUCCUUAACUAGGUUUAUAAAUUGCAAUAUUAGGUUAUAUUAAAUUUACUACUUGGACCUCUAAAUUUUCUACUUUCUUGGAUAAAUAUGAAUUAACAAGAGCAAUUUUAGAUAAUACAAUAGAAACAUGGUUUCCUGAAGAAGAAUAAUUUGGAUAAUUUACUUUUAGUAUUAUUAUUCAAAGAGUAUAUGGUCUAAUAUUAGAUAAAUAAGACAUGAUGAUUAUUGAUUCUAAAGGAAUAGUAAGAGUAAUUGAUAAUAGCUUUUAAAUUAUUAAUAAUAUAACUUAAGAAAUUGAUAAAUUAACUUAGAAUGUAAAAGUUACUGUGAAAAAUUAGUAUUAAUAUACAUAAAAUUAGUAAUUACUGGAGGUAAUAUUAGAACUUAAAAAAAUGUAUUAGAGAAAAUCCUCAAUUAGCUGAAAUUGUCAGAAAAAUUUAAGAUAAAGGAAUUGUGGAGGAGAGCAAAGUGCUCAUUGAAUAAAUGAAAGAUAAAGUUUGGAUUUUUGAAAAUGGAUAAGUAAAAGAAGAAAAAUGGCAUGAAUAACCUACCAGAAUUUUAAGAGAUAUAAAAGAUUUUACUGAUAUAAAUGAAAUGGCCAGAAUUAUUGCAAGAUAUAUUGAUAAUAAUGACAUUUGUGCAUUGAAAUGA